CUUUUUCUCUGUUUAUUCACAAUGGCACAGAGGCAAAAUAAUUCACAGUCUUCCAAGGAUCCUAUCAAUAACACAGAGAAAGCAGAGAAAGAAGAGAAAGCAGAAAAUGGCGAGGGAAAUUCCAAAAAGAAAGAACUAGAGGAGUUGCCUCCCUUUGAAAUAGUGGAGGGGAGUCGCAUCCCUGCUUCUUCUUUCAUGUUUCAGUUUAAGAACGUGGAGUACAGUUCUGGACGUAACAAGACUAUUCUGUGCUACACUGUGGAAAGACCUGAGGCUCAAAUAUUCCAUGGAUAUUUAGAGGAUGAACAUGUCUCAGCUCAUGCCGAGGAAGCUUUCUUUACAUCUGUCCUGCCUCAGUUUCUCACCUCAGGGUCAGUCACUGUAACUUGCUAUGUGUCAUCUAGUCCAUGCGUUACUUGUGCUGCCUCCAUAGCUCAAUGCCUGCGGAAAAACAAAACUGUACGAAUACAGCUGGCAGUGGCCCGGCUAUUCCAAUGGGAGGAGCCCGAGAUCCGAAGGGCCCUGAAAGGCCUCCGCUCCGCAGGUUGCCAAGUCAGAAUGAUGAGGGGUGCUGACUAUAUUUAUGUGUGGAAGAACUUUGUUGAGCCUGACAUCACCCUGGAUGAUGAGGGAAUGGAGGUAGUGAAGGAUGAGCAUCAAGACUUCAUACCCUGGGAAGAUUUGGAGGAAAACUCCAGGUAUUAUGAAGAGAAGCUGGCAGAGAUUCUAAGAUAAAGGAACAGAACUUUGGCAAAAAAGUGAUAUAGGUUGAUUGGCGUUUAAUUUUUGGACAGUUUGUUAUGUGUGUGUGUUUGGUUUCUCCCUAGUUUCUCUAAUAUCUUCUGUGGGCAAAAAUGCCAGUUUUUAACAAAUAAACCGCUGCACUUACAUUUGGAGUUUUUACUGUAGAAUGGUAAAUAAACUGUAUGAAACCAGACAUACCAACAGAAAAUACUGCUGCUUUGUGCAGGGCUGUUGACAUUACAGCGGGGCAUCAGGGAUGUUUUUCAAUGAGUAAGUCCAGGUUUUAUUUUUGCUUCACUUGCAUAUUUGAUGAGGAUACACUGAAAUCCUGUCUAACCAUCCAUCUCAGUUCCUUGGUCUCUUGUUAUUGUAUAAUAGUUAGUCCUGGGUUAGAACAAGCAUCAAAAAGAGGUAUUAUUUGUAAAAUGGAUUUCUUAUAAUUAACAGUCUGCUUGUUUUCUCGGCUGGUCAUAGACUAGUAGACUAGGACAAAUUUAUUUUAUGUAAUGUAAUAAAUAAUAUACGCCCAG